UAAUCAGCAGGCAAAACGAAAGGAGAAGUGUUCCUCCCAAGUUAGUACGAAGGUUAUGCUUCCUCAAUCGAGGCAGGCAAAAAGUGAAGAAGUGGAUCAUUGCCUUCCAUUGAAAUAAGGGCAAGAGACGGCGGUGGGGCAGCUACACCUGUUGGGCACCUGCCGCCGGUGGAGCCCUUCUAGGAGCGGGGAAAGAGAGAGGUGGCUUUUGCCCGACGCUUUGCAUUUCCGCGACGGCGCUUCAGGAUGCUUUCCCCCGCUUCCUGAUUUAAGAGGCGUCGGCUGGCUCCUUUCCAAGCUCCUCUGAGCAGGCCGCGCCGUCUCGAGAAGCAACCGCCUUUCCUGGAAAGGGCUUGAGAAAAAGAAACCCCAGCUGCUCCUUCCCCAGCGAAGGGAAGCGAGCCAGGCUUCUCCGCGCGCCUCGCCGAAGGGGAAAAGCCAGCUUGGGAAGGGGAGCCGAGUGUUGCGCUGCCGCAAAAACCCUCGCCUUCCUCCUUCCGCGGGGUUGCAGGAGAGGCCCAGCCGAGAAUGGGAGGGCGGCGCGGCUCUCGCGGCCUGGCCCUGUGGGGACUUCUGCUGUGCGGCUCGCUGCGGGACCUGGCCAGCGCCGCCCCGGCCUGCGCGGCGCCCUCGGACGCGGGCCAGUUCUGGCACAUCUCUGAUUUACACUUGGACCCCACCUACCACAUUACAAGUAAUCGCACUCAGGUUUGUGCCUCUUCCAAAGGAGUGAAUGCCUCAAACCCUGGUCCAUUUGGAGAUUUCAUGUGUGAUUCACCAUAUCAGCUUAUUUUAUCAGCUUUUCAGCACAUGAAGGAUUCUGGGCAACAGGCAUCCUUCAUGAUAUGGACAGGAGACAGCCCUCCACAUGUUCCUGUAAAAGAACUCUCUACAAAAAUUGUCAUUGACAUUAUUGGUAACAUGACUUCUACCAUAAGAAGUUUCUUUCCAGAUCUCCAAGUUUUCCCUGCAUUGGGAAAUCAUGACUAUUGGCCACAGGAUCAGUUGCCUGCAUCUGUCAGUGAAGUUUACGAUGCUGUAGCGGAUUUCUGGAAACCUUGGCUUACGGAUGAAGCAGUCAGCACCUUGAGAACAGGUGGUUUUUACACACAAACAAUUCAGUCCAACAUGACUGCACAACCUCUUAGGAUAAUUAGUUUAAAUACCAUCUUAUACUACCCUCCCAACACUAUGACUCUGAAUAUGACUGAUCCAGCAAACCAGUUUGCAUGGCUGGAACGUGUAUUAGAGACGGCACAUCAAAACAAGGAAAAGGUUUAUGUGAUAGGACAUGUGCCAAUAGGUUAUCUGCCUUACUCUCGAAAUACCACUGCCAUAAGAGAACACUACAAUGAGAGGUUGAUCGAAAUAUUUCGCCGGUAUAGCAACGUGAUUGCUGGGCAGUUUUUUGGACACACUCACCGAGACAGCAUCAUGGUUCUUCUAGAUGAAAAGGAAAAGCCAGUAAACUCCUUGUUUGUUGCACCUGCUGUGACGCCAGUGAAGGACAUAUUUGAGGUAGACUCAAACAAUCCUGGAGUGAGAUUAUAUCAGUAUGACCCUCUUUCUUAUAAUCUACUGGAUCUUUGGCAGUUCUACUUGAACCUCACAGAAGCCAAUGUGAAAAAUGAAUCAGUCUGGAAACUUGAGUAUGUGAUGACCAAAGCUUAUGGAAUCAAGGACUUAACGCCAGAAAGCUUGUAUGAAAUGGCAAAUCAACUUAGUGUACCUCACAGCAAAUUGUUCCAAAAAUAUUACAGCCACUACUUUGUGAGUUACGAUGAUCCAAGCUUGUUCUGUGGUGAGCACUGUAGGAUCACCCAACUCUGUGCAAUUCAAUAUUUAGACCUCACCUCUUACACUGAUUGUAUCGAACAUAAAGGCAAAUUACAUGGGUAAAAAGU